UUGACUUUUCCUGUUCGUGAUCACGAUCACUCAUCACUGUUGAGGAUACGCAGUACUCAUACUAAUAAUACGUGAUUGUAAUUUUUAAUGUCUAUUGUAUAGAUUUUAUAGUUAAAUAAAUCAUAGAAAUAAUUACCUUUAAAUAAGUGCAAUGGAAAACAAUACUGAUGAAAGCUCCCCAGAAAAUAAUAUAUUUACUACCAUCGCGCAAGGCGACUUAACAGAAUUCAAGAGUAUCCUGGCUCAGCACAAAGGUAAUGUUAAUUUCUUCGAUGAAAAUGGAAUGACUGCGCUGCAACAUGCUGCUUAUAAGGGCUGUAAGGAUAUGGUACAGUUACUUCUCGAUAGGGGUGCUGAUGUGAAUUGUGGAAAUCAUGAAUAUAACUACACAGCUUUACAUUUUGGUGCCUUGUCUGGAAAUUCUGAAGUUUGCAAGCUCCUCCUUGAUGCUGGUGCAAAACCACAGGCAACCAAUUCUGUGGGACGUACAGCAGCUCAGAUGGCUGCUUUUGUGGGCAAUCACCACACUGUAGCUACUAUCAACAAUUACAUUCCAAGAAGUGAGCUUUCCUAUUAUGCUGUGAGUCAAGGACAGCAAACAGUUGCCCAUUUACCUGCACAGGUGGUUGAACCACUUCAUAAAUUUGUGCUUGGAGUCAAUAUACAUCCUGUACGACUCGCAUUAAAUCUGCAACACGCACCAGUCUUAUUAGAUAAUGCGGAAAAGGUUACUAAAGUCUUAGAAAUGCUUUGUAAAAAGGAAAUGACAAGAGGUAGUGAGACAAACGAAGUUAUGGCUUUUAAAUACCAUUACCUCGCAUUUAUUGUUAGCGAGAUUCAUAAAAUUAGAGAUGUUCACAAGUCAAGUGAUCAAACUGAAAAGAAUCAUGAUUUUGUUAUGAUAUUCUCAAGAAAACUUCUGAAACCUGGUAAAGAUGGCUAUUCAUUAGACCUAAUGGAUGUUUUCUUAAAGGAUUGUGUGAGAGAAUUCCCUUAUAGAGAAUGUACAAUAAUGCAUCAAAUGGUAAAAGCAUUGACCGAAAAGGAACCUCCUCCUGCAUUAUCUGUGAUUGAUUGUACCAUUAAUGGUCAAAGAGGAUUUGUGGAUUCUAUUCCUUGCUGCAGUACUUGUGCUGAAGAGAAACCAGCCAAGAAGUGCUCUAAGUGCAAAUUGGUGCAGUACUGUGAUAGAGAAUGUCAGAGACUGCACUGGUUUGUUCACAAAAAGGCUUGCAAUAGGGAGUUGAGUGCUCCGGUACCUGCUUCCAAUGUCAAACCAAGUAUAGACGCUGCUGAACUGACAGCAGAACUACAAAACCUUGUAGCUGGAUAAAAUUGAAUAUAAACAACAAAUGGUCGGUUCUUUUAGGUUUUAAGAUCAGAUUUAUGUUUGUAUGUUAUUAAUCGAAGGUAAAAUACCUUUAUUUUCUUUAUAUUAUUGUUAUUGUCUUGCUGUCAUUGUUUUUGCACUUCAGCAUCUUUGUUGCAGAUAGAACAAAACUACAUUUCAACAUCUCUUUGCCUAAUUUUAGCUGUUAGAUCUGUCAAUUAUAAAUAUUGAAAAAAACAACUGUGCACAGCAUUGUUUUUUUUUGUAAGUUGAGCAUUCAAUUUAUUCUAGUAUAAUUUAUAGCAUAAUUAAAAUUAUAAUCUAAUUUAUAGUGCCACUAACUACAGACCAAAGGACAGUCAAUAUUAAAUAUAACAAUUAUUUCAAUAAGAGCACAUCAGCUUAUUUGGUACAUGUAUGUUGUAAGUUAGUACUCUUAAGACAGUAAUUUGAAGUUUAUUUUCAUUAUCACAGAAAGUUAUCGAGUUUUAUAUUCAUAUGUGAUUUAUGGGAUCUAUCUUCACUUUUCUUUAUCUUUUUAUUUCAUUUACUAUACUGGAUCUAAUUAUAGUGAAAUGUAUAAAUAAUAGUAAUGACUUUUAUCUGGACGUCAGUUAUACCGUUUUUGUGAUUAUCUAGAUUGUCUACCACAAGUUUAAACCAGGCCUAAUCAUCUGAGGAUUACAGUAUUGUUGAAAACAUUUUGCUGAGCAUUGGAAAUAAAAAAGCUGUUUAAUUAAGUGACACUUACCCAAUAUAUUAUACCCCAUUAAACUGCAGUGACAUCUUAAUUUAGUUUUUCAAAGAAUUCAAUUCACGGUAGUGCAAGUAGUUGUAGUACCUACUAUUUUAACAACUUAAUACAUUAUGUGUAAUAAAUUAAAUAACUUCUGUUAUGGUUGAUAGCUUCAAAGUGUGUUUUUGUAUAAGCACCAGCUAACCUGUUAUCUGUAUGAGUUAAUAAGUAAAAAAAUCAUUCGUUCUUUAUUCAAAUACCCGAAUGACUCAUAACAACAAAUAGUCUGGAUAAUUGAGUUUCUUAGAUACAAAUUAUAUUAAUAUGUUACAUAAAUUAAUUCGUUACAUAUGUUAAUCACAGUAAUCUAUUUUGUAACACUUCAAAAAAUUUACAUUCAAUUCACCCAUUUUGAAGGGUUUUGUCCUUAAUGUGUCAUUUCAAUGUAUAAGAAAAUAUAUUCAUGUAAAUACAAUUUUCUAAUGUAAGAUAUAAAAAAAAUAGUGAUUGAAAAUUAAAAAUUGUGAUUUGAUACAAAGUGAGUGUAAAUGUUAUUAAUUUCGGGACUCAUUUUAAAUAUAUAUCCUAGAGCUAACUCCAAUUGAUUUAAAUUAAUGGGUGGCGGUGAUCACUUCAUCAGGUACUCAACACACUUAUUUGACUUCUUUCAUAAAAAAAUUGCAGUCACUACAGUACUAUAUUUAACUAACAAGUCAUAAUAAUUAUUAGCUCUUGAGUUCUACAUAUGGAUUAUUUAAUUUGCUCAAGGUAACAAUAUACAAUGCACCAAGCCAUAAGCAGAGUUAAAUUGCUGAUUGUUUUUUUUUAAACUGAUGUUUUAUUAUUAGAUAAUAAUUAUUGAGGAACUGUCAAUAUAUGAGUACUUGUAGUUAUUUUUUUAUUUGAAACAUUUCCAAUAAUUUAAUUCCAGUGUGCAAUGUAUUCCAUUAACAUUGAAUUAUUUGAAUGUAACUUUUCUCAUAAAUAUUGAAAUCAUGAUAAAAAUCUUUAGUCUAUAAAAUAGAUUUACGUUGGGAUUUUAAAGACAAACUACCUCUUUAUUGCAGUUCAAUUGAAUAUUUGAAUAUGCCAUUGUAUUUGGAGUUUUAUUGAUGUAUGUAAUGUGACAGUUGUGGCAGUACCAAUAUAUGUACCACUUAAAUUAA